AUGCAGUCAUCAAAUUUUAGACAGCGGUACGACACGGCGCUUGAUUUGCUGGCUUCCAAUGUGGACCGGAUAUGUGUUGGGGUCCUGCCAGAGAGAGUUCGCCUAUCCAUGAAACAAAACAUGUCCAUGUUGCAGGCGUGCUCACAUGGUUUGACUGAAGAUGAUCAGGGGUUCAUAGUUUCCAUGCUCAACGAGUCAUGGUUGACCGAGUUGCCUCCAACAGGGAGAAUUUCCCAUUACUGCCACCCGGAGUGCUGCCGCAACACAGAGGAGUGCAACUCUCGGAUGAGGCGCACCCUUGAUUUGUUGCUGGGGCAUCUCUUUGAGGUGCCCUUGUUGUACAGGUGGAAGCAUUUUGAACCAGCAUUGCACUUUGUAGCCCGUGGUUUGGCAGCGCACAGCGUGCUUUGUUGGCUUUGGGGUCAAUGCUUGUCAAACGAGCAGCUGGACGGAGAGGUGGAUGACAUUGCUACCAUGAGCGAAGACAACCCGGACGUGGCACCCUCACUACGGCAAAAAAUCCGAGUGACGAAGGUCAUGAAACUUCUGCGAGAUGAGCUAGCUCUGGAACCUGGGUUGCAGGUGACCUUCGCGAAGGGCCUGCGCAUUGACGCAAGUCAUGGCGCUGGCACUUUGCUGGAUCUGACACAAAUGACCACACCAAUUGGCGCCGCUUCCACUGAUGGUGGGACUUUGUCAGGCGGCUGUGGCGGUGGGAAGGAUGAUUCUGAGCCAAACGAUGAGGACAAGCCAGGUGUGCAAAUCAACCUCAAAGAUCCCUCCUCUGACUCUGGAUCCUUUGAGAUGCUUUCUUCAACUUCUGAUUCCUGGGAAAUUCCGCAAAGUGCCAUCAUUGUGGAGCACCCCAGCAAUGGAAUGAACAUGCCGGAUGCAACAAGCGAUGUUGAAUUUGAAUCGCUUGGCACUACUCCUCCCGCUUCUCCCAUUCCUGAAAGGGCAAUGCCGACCCCAGCUCCUGGUCCGCCGGAGGGGAAGGAGGUGGGGGAGGAGCGGUUCGCACUGGCCGCGCCAUUUUGCGGAGAUUGGGGCGCAUUGCGGCUGACAGCUUUGCUGCGGUCCGUGACGAUCCAGAUGGUUCUCAUGCGCCUCAUCUUUCAACCUGGUGCGACAGCUACCAAGCAGCGCGAGGACUAUGAGAAAGCACAGUUGUUGGUCCAAGAUGUUCUUUGCGAGUUACCCGCAAGUUCAGUGGAGGUGGAGAAGUCCCAUGCCAACGUGCAAACGGACCUGAAGCCCGGUCACGCAAAGCGGCCACAAACGGUGCAACUGGAUUCGUACAUUCAAAGCGUUGUCAUUGAGCACAGCAGGCUGAAGGCUUCAGUAGAGGACGAAGUACUAGGAAGUGCAAAGCGGAAGGUAGCACGUUGUUUGCGACAAAGGCUGCUAGAAAGCUCUGCUCCGGGCGCGACUUUAUCCAACACAUCCACAAGGUUUUCAACAGCAGCUCUCGCCAAAAGGAAUCCAGGAGUACUCAAGGGCCUACUGUCAGGUCCUCAUUCUAUAGCGCGUUUGCUGCUCAUUACGUCGUAUUGUUGGGGAGGACACUUAAUAUUAAAUUAUAUGCACCACACCACAGUAUCGUUUUGUCCCGACACCCAGGUCAGUGAGAUGUGGACAAGUACGAAAAGGGCACCUCAAAACCCGCCGGCUUUCUGCAUACAACGCUUUCCAAGCGGAUUGCAAGAAGCUUGGCUCAGUCUAGGUCCACCCACAUCGUUUGUUGGUUUCUGUUUGUAG